AUGACACCAAACGAACAGGUGUUGCGCGCGAGGCUGGAGCAGGUGCUCCAAUCGAGCAACUCCCGAGGAUCCAGGAGCGACGACCGAUACCGGAGGAGCGAGUGGAACGGCGAGGAACUCUCGGAGCGUACGGACAGCAGCGACGAGAACUACGCGUAUGACGAGAACGGGCGAUGGGUGCAAGGCUGUGCGGUCGGCGGGAAGCACGGGAUGUCAGUGAUGGCUGUUACCCCGCCUUCGAGUGGCAGUAAUAGCGCGCGAUCGAUGUCCAGAGAAGAUAUGACCACUCUACCCGCCUCUGCUUCUGCUUACCAUCAUCAACGAUCGAGGUCCCGGACGGAACCAGCACCCGUGGUUCCUUCAGCCCAUGCCUAUCCUUCCCCAAAGAGAACUCACACGACACCUGCUUCAUAUCAUCAACGAUCUCAAACUCGUCACGGCCAAUAUCAUCACCACGGGAGGAGUGGAACCACGCCUCCGCUGGUUUCGGAUGGCUCACCUACGCCUGAAGAGGAGGAUGAGGACGAGGACCCGGAGGACGUGAGACUCCUCACGCCUCCGCCCACACCACCUUCACAGAUGGCUGCGUAUCACCACUACUCCAUGGGCCGACACGCAAAAGAGUACAUGCCCUCGCCUUACAAGACCACUUUUGACCAUCGACGCUCCGCGACUGCUGCUCCGCCCCUGAGGUACGAUCACAGGCGGGGACGAUCGGGCGUUCCCUCUGCAUAUUCCGACGACCACGACGACGCAGACGACGAUGAUGACGAUGACGACGAGUACGAUGAAGAAGAGGAAUCAUGCUCUUGUUCCGGUGGACGAUGCUCAGGCUUAUGCUCCCGUCUCUCAUCAACGCUCCACCACCGUUCUCAGUCUAUGCAACACUUUGGUGGUAUCCAGUCUACCGGUCCGCAACCCCAUCGACCGCAGUUUAACGUUCGCCGUGCGUCUGCUCGGUGCAGGCAGAUGGAUGGGUAUGUUGGGUUUGCGGAGAUCGAGGGGCUGGGUGUUCCACCCGACAGCUCGGACUCGUCGGACGAGGAGACGAAGCGGAGGUUGAUUAUGGCGCAGAGGAAGCGUGAGGGCGGAGGUGUUACGGAAUGGGUUAGGUGGACCAAGCGCAGGUUGCUCGGUGGUGGAGAAGACGAACAACAAACACAACAACGACAACAACAGCACCAGCAGGCUCAUAACGCUGUUGUCCUUUAG